AUGUCCCAACGCUACUACACUCUCGCAGAAGGAUGUCCGUACGCGAGCAACUCCAGCUCGGUGCAGCUGCGCAGCGGCAAUGCAGGCCUGCUAUUGAUGCAGGAUACCCAACUCAUUGAGACACUGGCGCAUUUUGCCCGUGAACGGAUUCCCGAACGGGUGGUCCACGCCAAAGCAGCCGGUGCAUACGGAGAAUUCACCUGCACUCACGACUGUUCCGACAUCACCUCAGCCAGCUUCCUCAGCGAAGUCGGCAAGACCACGCCUCUGCUAUUGCGCGUUUCGACCGUGGGACCUGAGGCCGGCUCGGCCGAUACCACGCGGGAUGUGCACGGCUGGGCCAUGAAGCUGUACACCGAGGAGGGCAACCUAGACUGGGUGUUUAACAAUACCCCGGUGUUUUUUAUUCGCGAUCCGUUGAAGUUUCCGUCUCUGAAUCGGUCGCAUAAAAGACAUCCGCAGACUCAUUUGCCGGAUCCGAAUAUGUUCUGGGAUUUCCACGUCGGCAACCCCGAAGGCUUCCACCAACUCCUCCAUCUCUUCAGCGAUCGAGGCACGCCCGCCUCCCUCCGACAUAUGAAUGCCUACAGCGGACACACCUACAAAUUCACUCUCAAAGAUGGAUCCUUCAAAUACGUCAAAUUCCACAUCAAAACCACCCAAGGCAUCAAAAACCUCACCAAGGAGGAAUCCGUCCGGAUAGCUGGAGAGAACUCCGAUUUCCUCAUCCAGGAUCUAUUCGAGGCCAUCGACCGCAAAGACUACUCCGAGUGGAACGUCUACGUGCAGGUGAUGACACCCGAACAGGCCGAGACCUACCGAUGGAACAUCUUCGAUAUGACCAAGGUGUGGCCGCAUAGUGAUUUUCCAUUACGGCAGAUCGGGACGAUGAAGUUGAAUCGUAACCCACGAAACUACUUCACCGACAUCGAACAAGCCGCUUUUUCACCCUCGAAUAUGGUCCCUGGGAUUGCUCCCUCCGCGGAUCCAGUCCUCCAAGCCCGAAUGUUCUCCUACCCCGACGCCGCCCGCUACCGCCUCGGAACCAACUACCAACAACUCCCCACCAACGCCGCCAAAGCCCCCGUGUACUGUCCGUACCAGCGUGACGGCCACAUGAACUUCUCCGACAACUACGGGGCGGAUCCCAACUACGUCGGAUCAAGUCUUCAGCCCAUCACCUAUUACCAAGAUGUGAAGGGCCAGGCCCCGCAGGCUGUGAGCACGCUAACCGAGCAUGAGAAAUGGGUGGGCCAGGUGAGUAAUUUUCAGUAUGGGCUGUACGAGGACGACUUUGAGCAGGCGGCGGGGUUGUGGAAGGUGAUUGGGAAGGAAUCGGGACAUCAGGAGAGAUUCUUUGGCAACGUGGCCGUGCAUUUGAGUCAGGUGAAGUCCAAUGGACUCCGAGAGGCGGUUUAUGCGUUGUUUGGGCGUGUGGAUAAGGGAUUGGGGGAGGGGGUGAAAAAGGCGACGGAGGGGAUAGUUGAGAAAAGGUGAUGGAGAGAGUACUCCGUAGGAGUAGUUUGAAGACAUUCUUGUUUUUGAUGAAAAGCGAUGUA